UCGUGAUUGAUCGAUCGCGAUCGAGAAAAUAUUUCGCUAGCGAGCGCGCAAGGUAGGGGAUUUCUCGGCCUGGCGCCGCGAUUGAUCGUGUGGCAGCUCCGCAAUGGCGUCCAAUGCGAGCGAAUCGGCGGUGCCUGCCAUUGCGCAUCCCACUCCCGGGGAUUCUUUCGGUGUGGCGGCCAACAUUGUCUACCAUUCGCAGUUCUCUUCUCGAUUCUCGCCGUUUAAGUUCGAGGUGGAGCAGGCAUUCUAUGCCACUGCGGCGAGCGUGAAAGACGCCCUUGUCCAGAGAUGGAACGAAACAUACAAGCAUUUCCACGAGGAGGAUCCCAAGCAAGUUUAUUACUUGUCCAUGGAGUUUCUCCAAGGAAGAGCUCUCACCAAUGCCAUUGGAAAUCUCGGCCUCUCGGACGCUUACGCGGCUGCGCUGACGAAGCUGGGCCAUGAUCUCGAGAACGUACGAGAACAAGUAAGUUCUAAGUAUCCAAACUUUGUGGUUUCGUUCGAGCUAAAGGAAUUUUCUCUCCAGGAAAAAGAUGCAGCUCUUGGAAAUGGAGGUCUCGGGAGGCUUGCCUCGUGUUUUCUAGAUUCCAUGGCGACUCUCGAUUUACCAGCGUGGGGAUAUGGCCUACGAUACAAGUACGGGCUUUUUAAGCAGAUAAUUUCCUCUAAAGGCCAGGAAGAAUAUGCAGAGGACUGGCUAGAGAAGUCUAGCCCUUGGGAAAUAGUCAGGCACGACGUAACAUAUCCAGUUCGAUUUUUCGGUGAGGUGCAAGUCGAUUCUGAUGGAAGGCGGAAAUGGAUCGGGGGAGAAGUUAUGCAGGCUCUGGCUUAUGAUAUCCCCAUCCCUGGCUACAACACAAAGAACACAAUCAGCCUUCGAAUUUGGGAAGCGCGCGUGCCCGCCGAAGAUUUUGACUUGUAUGCUUUUAACGCCGGAAAACACGAGGAAGCAGUUCAGCUGCAGCUUAAGGCCGACCAGAUCUGCUCAGUUUUAUAUCCUGGAGACAGUACUGAAGAUGGAAAGCUCUUGCGUCUGAAGCAGCAGUACAUGCUGUGCAGUGCUUCGUUGCAGGAUAUUUUCUCGCGUUUCAAAGAAAGACGUGGAGCUAUCUCAUGGGAUGAGUUUCCAAAUAAAGUUGCUGUUCAACUAAACGAUACGCAUCCAACGCUGGCAAUUCCAGAAUUGAUGAGGAUUUUGAUGGACGACGAAGGACUUGGAUGGGAUCAGGCGUGGAACAUUACUUCCAGCACUAUAGCAUAUACUAACCAUACUGUUCUUCCGGAAGCACUUGAGAAGUGGUCACAAGUUGUCAUGGCCAAGCUUUUACCUCGGCAUAUGGAGAUUAUAGCAGAAAUUGAUAAGCGGUUUCAAGUGCUUGUGGCUAGAACAAGGCCCGAGUUAGAAAGUAAACUGGAAGCUCUACAAGUUUUGGAUAACUCCAACCCCGAAAAGAAGCUUGUGCGCAUGGCACACUUGUGUGUUGUGUCUGCUCAUUCGGUGAAUGGAGUUGCAGAGCUGCACAGCGAGAUAUUGAAGAAGGAGCUCUUUUCCGACUUCUAUUCGCUAUGGCCCGAAAAAUUUAAUAACAAGACAAAUGGUGUCACUCCAAGGCGGUGGCUACGUUUUUGCAGCCCCGAAUUAAGUGCGAUCAUUACCAAGUGGCUGAGGACUGAUAAAUGGGUCACAAACCUCGACCUUCUCAGUGGCCUGAGAGAGUUUGCAGAGAACAAACAACUCCAGGAAGAAUGGAACGCUGCCAAGCUAGCCAACAAAGUCCGGUUCGCAGAUUACUUGCUCAAGGUUGUAGGGGUCGAAGUCAAUCCACAAACUCUUUUCGACAUUCAAAUCAAGCGGAUUCACGAGUAUAAGCGUCAGCUGCUCAAUAUAUUAUCCGUGAUCUAUCGUUACAAAACGAUCAAGGAGAUGAGUCCCGAAGAACGUGCGAACACUGUCCCACGAACUGUCAUGUUCGGUGGCAAAGCUUUUGCAACUUACGCACAGGCAAAACGAAUUGUCAAACUUGUUACUGACGUUGGAGCUGUUGUCAACAAUGAUCCCAACGUCUCUCCACAUCUCAAGGUUGUUUUCAUUCCAAAUUACAAUGUCACGGUGGCAGAGCUCGCCAUCCCUGCCAGUGAGCUCUCGCAGCACAUCAGCACGGCUGGAAUGGAAGCAAGCGGUACGAGCAACAUGAAGUUUGCGCUCAACGGGAGCCUGAUAAUCGGGACACUGGACGGAGCCAAUAUUGAGAUCCGAGAGGAAAUUGGUGAAGACAACUUCUUCCUCUUUGGUGCUCGGGCCGACGACGUCCCCAGGCUGAGAAAAGAAAGAGAACAAGGCAAAUUUGUUCCCGACCCGCGCUUCGAAGAGGUGAAGGACUUCAUUCGCUCGAAAGCGUUUGGCGAUUUCGAUUACGAGCCACUGUUAGAGGCUCUUGAGGGUGACACCGGCUAUGGCCGAGGGGAUUAUUUUCUCGUCGGUCAAGACUUCCCCGGGUACCUGGAUGCCCAAGACAAAGUCGACGAGACUUACAAGAAUCGCGCAAAAUGGAUGAAGAUGUCGAUUCUUAGCACUGCUGGAUCGGGAAAGUUUAGCAGCGACAGGACCAUCUCACAGUACGCCAAUGAGAUCUGGCAAGUUGGCCAGUGCCGUGUUCCAUGAACACAAGAAACAGGGCACGCUUCGAGCACGCGUGGACGUGGAAUCUUACUGGGUGUAUUCGCUUAUAGAUAUCAUAUAGAGGGCUAUCACUGUUCACAGUGUGUUUGUUUGCUUGGGAGAGAACGAUGAGCGGAGAGAAACCUUGCUGCGCAGAUAAAUGGGACGAAUUCGUCGGCAUGGACGCCGAGGAAGCCAAGAAGAAGCUCAAGGAGGUUCACAGCACCCUUGAUGUUGUCAUCCUUCCAGAGGGCAGCAUGAUGACCAUGGAUUUUCGCAAGGAUCGAGUGCGGCUCUUCACGGAUUCUAACAACAAAGUGAGUCAAGUUCCCAAGCUAGGAUGAUGGAUCAUUCCUAGUUUGGGGUAGUGCUACUAUAAAAUAAAAGCGAGCUACCUGAGAUCAUUAUCACUUGGUCUCUUCCGGUGUCUUGCUUUCCUUUCCUGUAAGAAGCCCUCUGAUCUUCACGUCAUACAAAAUCUCCUCGACUUUCUUGAGGUCGUA